GUGUUUCAUGAUAGCCAGGGCUUUUGAUUUAUUUCUUUUUGCCGUGAGUGAAAUAACGUCAAGGCACAUGAACCGAAUAUGAUAGGUCGUGAAAGGUGAUCGCUGCUUUUGUCUGUAUGGACAACGGACCAUUAAAUUACAUAGUGGUGUUUGCUGUCGUCAGCUGAAACUGUUAUCCUUGAUAUGCUAGCUGAAGCUAGUUAGCUAGCUAGCUGGCUAACAGUAAGUCGCUAAACAUUAAGAAAAUAUGCUCGUCUAUGUAGCCUACACUGACGUUAAACUACUUAUCAAUGAUUAAAACGCAUUAUUUAGCACCAUAUCAGCCAUUUGUUGUUUAGGACGACGAUUCCCAUUUAGCUAACAGUUUGUUAGCUAAGCUAGGAGGAUGGAGAGCCGUCAUGGAUGUGUUUUGUUGCUGGCCAGUGCGAUUUUUGGUUCGGUGUUUUGGCUGUCUGAAGGUGCCCCUCUCCAGUAUCAUCACAGAUCAGGUGGAAGCACAGGAGACCCGUUGUCCGUGUCUCUCUACCUGUCCCUGGUAGUGUCACUGACGGCCCUUGUGGCCUUGGUGGUGCUGCUGGUGAACUGUGUGACCUGCUGUAAGGAAAGGGAAAUCAACUUCAAGGAGUUUGAAGACCACUUUGAUGAUGAGAUUGACUUUACUCCGCCGGCAGAGGACACGCCGUCUAUGCAGUCCCCAGCUGAGGUGUACACCCUCGCUGUGUCCCCUGUGGCCCUGCCUGGACCCCCACACCUCCAACCUCCUGCCCGCAUCACAGAGGGAUCUGCAGGCUUCCAGGUAGCACGCCACAGUCUGAGUUACAUCCAGGAGAUCGGCAAUGGCUGGUUCGGCCAGGUCCUUCUGAGUGAAAUCUACACAGAUCCAGGUGGAGCCAGAGUGGUGGUGAAGGAGUUAAAAGCUAAUGCAAGUGCCAAGGAGCAGAAUGACUUCCUGCAGCAGGGGGAUCCGUACAGGGUGCUGCAGCACCCGAACCUCCUCCAGUGCGUCGGACAGUGUGUUGAGGCUAUUCCCUUUCUACUCAUCUUUGAGUACUGUGAAAUGGGUGAUUUGCGGGGCUAUCUGUCUCAGCAGGAUUGGAUGUUCAGAAAUGCUGAGUUGCUGCAGCUGCAAAGGAUGGCCUGUGAAAUCGCUGCUGGCGUCACUCACCUUCACAAACACAACUUCCUGCACAGUGAUUUGGCUCUGAGGAACUGCUACCUGACUGCAGACCUUACUGUCAAAGUUGGAGACUAUGGAAUUGGACCCUACAGAUACAAAGAGGAUUACAUCAUAACAGAGGAUGAUGUAUUUGCACCCCUCCGCUGGUUGGCUCCUGAGCUGGUGGGUGAGCGCCAUGGGGGUGUGAUUACUAUGGAGCAGACCAAGCCCAGUAAUGUGUGGGCCUUGGGGGUCACAUUGUGGGAGCUCUUUGAGAAUGCUGGCCAGCCGUACCCACAUCUAUCUGACCGGGAGGUUCUCAAUCAUGUGAUCAAGGAGCAACAAGUCAAGCUAUUUAAACCACAGCUGGAGCUUCCUUAUUCUGACAGAUGGUAUGAGGUUUUGCAGUUCUGCUGGCUGUCCCCAGACAAGCGGGCCACAGCAGAGGAAGUGCAUCGUUUGCUCAUCUACUUGCGCAUGCAAGGCCAGAAAGACAUAGAAGAAGAUUUUGAGCAACGCUGGGAUGCUCUCAAGCCUAACCCUUCCACACGACAGACCACUGUUAGCCACUCCUCCUUCCCAAUCUUGGAACAGUUUGCAGAUGAUGCCCUACGUCAAGAGAUUGACGAAGUUCUUACCGUAACCGAAACUAGCAAAGGUCUCAGCUUUGAGUAUGUCUGGGAGGCAGCGAAGCAUGAUCACUAUGAAGGCAACCAUGGGCGUUCAGGCAUGGAAACAACAUUGAACUACCACAGCAUGUUCUUCCCUGUUUCCAGUGAGGACAUCCAGGCCCAUUUCCCUGAUCCUGUAGCCAGAGCACCAGGCACAGAAAGUGGUAAUACUCCUUCAGGAAUACCUGGGAUUGUACCAGUGUUUGAUGCGCAGAAGCCAUCCAAUGGUAAUGAAUAUUACAUACAGCUAGAGGAACAAGGAGAGAGCACUGUUGAGGAAAAUGAGAAUAGAGGGCAAGACAUGGACUUAAGUUCAGGCCGGCAAGAUUUUGUCGUUCUUCAGGAUGUUCGCCUGGAUGAAUCUAGUACUGAUGCAGAUUUUUUCCACCAAAGUAUUGACUCCAAGGAUUCCUAUUUACAAGACAGUCACAUCUGGUCAUCUCUUGAAAAUGACAGCCCAUACCACACCAACAUUUUCACAGAGGGAGGGUCAAAGCAAGAGGACUCUCCUUCCUGGACACAGAAUUUUAUGGAGCUUCCAGAGCGCAAUGGGAACCGUAUGCAUGAAGGUGCUCCUUUAGAAGUCCGGGAAGUAGAUACAGAUAAAAGCUACAGGGAUUCUUUUUUAGGGGAAGGUCCAGAAGCCACUCACCUGGCGGAGUCUGUGGAGGUGGAGAACACAGACAUGAAGAGGCUUCUGAACACUGAAAAACUAUCAGAAAACUUUAUGUUUCUCAAAGACCAGAACCUGAUGAAAGAAGGAUCUAGUUUCUUAAGUCCACAACAGAAUUUUCUCUUACCUGGUAUGGUGCAUGAACCAGAGGAAAAAUUCAGAAUGAGUUCUUGGGACAACCUCGAAAAUUUGGGCAGCUUAAACACAUCGGACACUUAUUUAAAACCCACACCCAGUAGCACAUCAUCAAGACCAGGAAUUUUAGACUCUUCAAGUUCCAGCUUUGGGGAGAUAUGUCAAUCCCUGGUAGAAAAUGAAACACUGGUGCCUUCCAUUACAGUGGUCCCAGAAGAUAACACAAGCAACCACCUGCCAGUUGAAAAUAGUUCUUCCACAGAGGACCUUGGUCUGCUCCUAUCCUCAGAUAGAGGUAUAGACUCUGGUUUUGAUUCUACCUCAGAGAGGGUUGAGAUUAUCAUUAGUGAAACUGAUGGCCACACCAAUUCAUUUUCUGAAAGUGCCACUAUGGACUCAUUGUGCACAGAUGCCAAAAUUCCCAGCCUUGAAGAUGACCUUGGAAUCUCAAAGGAUAGUGUUCAGCCUAUAGAAGGUCAAAUCCCUGAAAACCUGCAUGUCCAAACGUUGUCAUCAGACAAUGGACACGGUGAAGACCUAACAAGCAAUGAUCUGUUGAGUGAACUAAUAGAGGAUGCAGAUAUAGAACUGGAAACUACUCUAUCUGACCAUGAAGAAUCCUUUAUGGAUACUAAUGAGCGUCCUCUUGUCAGAUCCUCCCUGUUGGUCUCUGGGCCAUCUUUGGACCAAAUUAGCCAGGACAGCUUACUGGAAGACAGUAUGUCCACCACUCUACCAACUGUAGAAAAUUCAGCUGAGACACCAGACUCAUUAGACUCCCUUGACAUUCACAGGCUAGCAGAACAGGGAGAAGAGCUGAACAUUCAGAUAUCCCAACACAAACUCCAUCCUCCUUAUAAAAUAGCUGACAGUGGGUAUGAGACUGAGAAUCUGGAGUCUCCAGAGUGGAAUUCUCAGCCUAAUGUCAAAGACCACUCCCCUGUAAAAAAUGGCACCAGUGUUGCCAUAGAAGAAGAGACUGAAGAACCCACAGCAGCAACCAAUCUGGUUCCACCAGAAAUCAUCAUCUCUGAAGUCGAGGGUGUGUUGGAUGCUCAUAUUGAGAAUCCAAAUGAGGAUCUGCAGCCGGAUCAUGUAGUCCCUGCUGAGGAACCACUGAUGGGCAGCAAUUACAGAGACUCUGCUUACUUCUCAGACAAUGAAUCAGAACCUGAGAAGAAGUCUGAAGAAACUGCAGGGGGUUCUGUUGAGGUCUCGUGGCGGAGGAACUCUACUGACGAGGUCAGUGACGCUGCUGCGGGUUCAGCACCAGAUGGCACGGAGAGAGAUGUCGACUCUUUAUUUUCUCAACAAGACUCUUCCAUAGCUGCUGAAGCACAGGAAGAUGUUGGAGAAACCGCUGAUCCUCUUGUUGGAGGCAAAUCACCAGAGGCACAUUCAGAUAUCACAGAAAAAUGUGAGGGGUCUUUCAGCAGCCACAGUGAAAAGGAUGCAACAUCUCCUGAGCCAGGCCCAUCAGAAGAUCUCCAACCCUCAACUCCACCUCCUACUGGUACGUCAUCAAAGCUGGUGCUUGAGAAUGCAGUUCAUGCUAAACUCACUAGGACCUACGCCAGUGAUAUUCAUAAAAUAAAAGAGCCGGACAUGGAGGGACGUUACCUGGGGAGGCGGGAUGGCUCAGGUUUAGAUGUGCAGGAAGAUGGUGUGGAUGCCGAUGAGGAGGAUGAGAACAGCGAUGACUCUGAUGAUGACAUUCGUGCGUACCAUCUUCACAGCUCCAGCUCAGACAGUGAGGAUGACACUGUGCAUACUGUGCCACUUAUUGUCUCAGAUGACAGUAGUUCCAAGAACCUGAAGAGCUUGUUAAAACCCAGCAGCCUGAACAUUGAGGCAUCACCUUCCCCGUUUUCUGCGAGGGCCAACGCAGACAAUUCCAGAAGAGCUGUGUCCUUCUUCGAUGAUGUCACUGUCUACCUGUUUGACCAGGAAACACCCACCAAGGAACUGGGUGACCACUCCUCAGGCUCAAACAGUCAUGUACCAGAGUUCAGCAGCUCAGCGCCCACUGCCAGCUACCUGAACCGGUUCACCAACUCUGAAAGCUCCACUGACGAAGAAGGUGGUGGUUUUGAGUGGGACGAUGACUUCUCCUCUCCUGCAUCUACUUUCCUGUCCAAGACAAAUAAAGACCCCGUAUCAAAGGUCAUGUCCACAUCUGCAGCAUCUCGCUUCUCCUCUCCGCCCCCUGCAGUGGGACGCGUGCUGGAACCCAGUUGGACCAGUUCCUCAAACUACUCCCGUUUCUCCAUCUCACCGGCCAGCAUCGCAACCUUUUCCCUUACACAUCUUACUGACUCUGACAUCGAGCAAGGAGGCAACAGUGAAGAUGGAGAAAAAGACUAGUGUGAUAGAUGAAUGCACUGAUUAUCAUCACACUAUUGAAAAAUGAACCUCUACUCGCACUUUCAGGAAUGCAGAAUGGCUGAAAAAGGACAGAUGACAUGGUUUGUGAGGCAAACUGUGGAUGCUAUUCUCAGGCAGAACUGCUCUUUACCUUCAUGGAGAUGGCCAUGAAAACAAUGGCUAUAAACUGAUAUUCAACAAAUAAGACAGACAAGGCCCAGUCCCAGUCUGAGCCAUCACCUCUCCAGCUACAUGUGUGUGAUUUCAGUUCAGUGCAAUUCCACUUUGGGAAAAAAACAAAAACUGAAAACGGGCCUAGCUUCUAAAUGUUUGCUUUAAGAACUCAUCGAGCGCAUUCCAGGUGUUUGGCUGCUGCUUUUCGUUGUGUGUUGAAGUGCACUCCCUUUUCCAGAACUUUUGCAUCACCAAAAAAAUAAGAAAAGAAAAAAAGACUUUUUAUGCUCUGACUCAAUGAACUCAACACACUGGGCUGGCUAAUGUAAUACUACAGCCAAAUAGGAAUAAGCUCUCAGACCUACAACCGAAAAUCCAAGCUUUUUCUGUAUCAUUGUUAAUUUUGCUCCUUCGUGUCGUGCAUUUAUUUCAGUGGUUGCCUUUUUGCAAGAGUUUUUUUUUUUUUGGUAUAUUUUUAGAACCUCUUGUUUGGUGUUGUCACAAUCUCUUAAUUGGAGAGAAACUAUUGACGGUAUCCUUCUGUAGCAUCUUUUGAAUAAGAAGGGUUGAAAUUUAGGAAGCGCCAUCCAUAAUUGGAUAACUACCUUAACAAAAAAUCCCUCAUCAGCAGAGGUGACAUAUUGUAUAUUCUGUUAUUUAUGCUGCAAAGGAACAUACACAGUAAGUGGUAUAAAUAUUCUUGAGGGUUCUACUGAAAGAGGAUUGUCAAAAAUCCUUACAUGGGGUGAUCCAACUGAAAACUGAGUGAGAAGAAGAACAGUUAAUUAAUUUUGUAAUGCUUCAUUUUAUGUUUUGAACUGUGCAGGAAGUUUCUCUGAUGGCUUUUGUUUCAAUUACUUAUCACUGGGUCUCAUUACAGUGCCUGUUAUGCUGUAAAGACAGCUGCACUUCUCCAUUCACUACGAGUACAAAAUUUGAAAUCACACAUAUAACGGUGUGCAAAAAGUGGCUGAUUUUAUUUUUAAAUGUCAGAAUGAAAAAUUGUAUUGAGGUGUUUGUAAACAAAUGUGCAAUGAAUUUUCAUGAAUUAGUUCAAAUUUAUGUACAAGUUUAUAGGACGACCAUGUGAAGGGCAGCGUAUCUUCGCUAAUGUGCAGGGACUUUAAGCUUCUUAAGAACACACUACUAGAACAAAAAAAUCACUGCUGCUUUGAUCAAUUUCAGUUUCAUGAACAGAGAUCGUCUAUUUUGCCUUUUUCUUUGUUUUAUUGUGUCCCAAUGAACCUGUUCAGAUGGCAUUUUCCUCCUAAACGGGCCCUUGCCCAGUUGCAAUUUUGAGCAUUUAUUAUCAUAUCAUUCGCCAUACAUUGUCUCUGUGGCUCUACACAGUUGUUUGGGAUGUAUGUGUGUCAUGACCAUGAUCAGUUUCUGUAUAGAAGAAGAAAGCAAAUGAUUAUGCCCCCUCCCCUCCCCCCUCAAGGUUAUCAUGUACAGCUAUAAAAACAGUCUGAGACUGUGGGUUAUACAGUUUUUCCUUUUAAUGACUCAAGUAGCUUAAAGAUUUUGUCAACAAAUGAACAAUUAUACUUCACUUGUAGUAGAUAGAUGUCCAUACCCCCCAUUCAGAAGGCACUGUAACUUAGACAAUGUUAACCAGCAGCCUGUGCUUUCAGUUAAACUUGAACGUUUAUUUAAGGAAAUCUUGUUUUGUUUCACUACAGUAUACAUUUGCUUAAUCUUGCACAUUUGACAAAUGUAACUUAAUGUUGAACUGUACUGAUGUAUAUAAAUGUUAAUUUUUUUGUCUGUAAAUGGGAAAUGAUGUAACUGAGUUAUAGAUAUGAGGUUUCAUUUUGUAACUUAAAGCUGAGUUGAUCAGAGGAACAUAUCACCGUCAUGGGCUAAAAGCAGUUAACUUAAGACACAGAAGCAGAUGUGAAUCCAUUCUGUCCUUUAAACUUGUAGAUUUUAAAAAUGGUAAUAUUUUUACUUCAUAUUGAUCAUGCUUAGUGUAAUUGAAUGAAAUGUUUAUAAUUACACUGUUUAAUAUGAAAAUAAAUGCAAAUGAAC